AUGCUAUACGAGUUAGUUUCUAUUGUACGUGUUGUAAAUCCAUUGGCUGCAAACCAGGAAGCAAAAGAGAUAGCUACUAGCAUUGGAAAACUUAUCAUACAAAAUAGAGGCGUUAUAAGAAGGGUCAUACCCAUGGGUAAUAAACAACUACCAGGUAUUAUAAAAAAGGAUCAAGAACAACAUUUUCAAGCUUAUCAUUUCUUAAUGAUGUUUGAUUCUUCUGCAUCUGUCCAAUCCGAAAUUCUAAGGACUUUGAGAACAGAUCCUAGAGUUAUUAGAUCAUCGAUCAUCAGAGUUAAUGACAAAAAGCGUCUCGAUGUUGCGUCCUCUGUAGAAAAAGCUCGGGGUUACAGCUCUAUUUUGGAAAAGGUUAAGGAUGAUUCGAAGUAUUGGGAAUAA